AUGAAGGCCAUCGAAGCCUACGUCGAUGGGCUCAACCUCCUCUCAAUCAUUGUGCUCUACACUCUUCUGUGGUUGAUUACUCCGAGACUCCGUAACCCGACACCAUCGGGUCCCAAGACCAACAAGCUUUACGAUGGCUUGAUGCGCGUCUCCUACAGCAUCAUCUUCAUUGUUGGAUGGGCUUGGUGCAGCAAUGUCAUGUCGCAUGUGGAGGAGCCGUACCUGGAUGAAGUCUUUCAUAUUCCACAGGCUCAAAAAUUCUGCCAGGGAAGGUGGACGGAAUGGGACGACAAGAUCACGACUCCUCCCGGCUUGUACGUCCUUUCGAAGUACUAUCUCGCCAUGAUGCUGCGUCCCGAGUGCUCCGUCUUGGACCUGCGAGGCGUCAACAUCAUCGCCAUCAUCGGCCUCGGCAUCCUGGCCACGCACUGCCGUCACCUCAUUGAGACCCGUCGUAACGACGCCAAGUCUCCAGCGCCGCCCGUCGUGCUGUCCUUCUACUCGAUCCACACAGGCUGGAACAUCGCCUUGUUCCCCGUCCUGUUCUUCUUCUCCGGCCUCUACUACACCGACGUCGUCUCGACCUUGUCCGUCCUGGUUGCCUAUUACCACCAUCUGCGCCGCGUCCGCGAGGAGAGAAGCUCGUUCCUCAGUGACCUGACUACGAUCAUUCUCGGAGUAGUGACCCUGACGAUGAGACAGACGAACGUGUUCUGGGUAGUCGUGUACAUGGGCGGUCUCGAAGCUGUAUCGGCGGUCAAAUCCCUCCGUCCCGCCCCUGCUAAGAAGCCUGAGUUCGGAACUCUGUUGGAUUGUGCCAAGUACCACGGAUGGAGGUACUCCCUAGGAGACAUUCACGAUCCUCCCCUGAAUACUGCCUGGCCAGAUGAUCUCGUUGUCUCCGCGCUCAGUAUCGGCGUCGCCGCCAUCUUCAACCCCUUCCGCGUGUUGAAGAAAGUCUGGCCGCACAUCACCAUCAUGGGUCUCUUUGCUGGGUUCGUGGCGUGGAACGGCGGUGUCGUACUCGGUGACAAAUCCAACCAUGUCGCAACGAUCCACCUCGCCCAGAUGCUCUACAUCUGGCCAAUGUUUGCCUUCUUCUCCUUCCCGCUGUUCCUCCCCUCGGUCAUCUCUGUCCUUCGCUUUGGCCAUGGUCUUUCCACCUCCGUCUUUGGCACGGUUGCCACCAAGGAGACAUCAAAGGCAUCGACCAAGAAUCCCAAGGCGGGAACUGACAAGGACGAGCCGACGCAGAAGCCACCGCAAGUCUCUGCCGCAUACGCUCUCCUGCAGACCAUCGUCGGGAACAAGCUCUACCAACUCGCCCUCACGCUCUUCCUCGUCGCCCUCACCUUGCUCGUCGUCAAAUUCAACACAAUCAUCCAUCCCUUUACUCUGGCAGACAACAGACACUACAUGUUCUACGUCUUCCGCUAUACGAUCCGAAGGCCCGGCCUCUUCCGCUACUACCUCAUCGUCCCUUACACCGUCGCCCGCUGGCUGUGCUGGGACGCCCUCAGCGGCUGCGGACAGGGCGGCUUCCUCUCAGACCACACGCAGGACUGCUCAGGACAGUAUACCCACCUCCGCCCCGGUCCAUUCGAGAACAGCCCCUUCAGCGCCGGGAGCUCGCAGCCCCGUCCGGAGAAGCCGCCUUCCACCGAUGCUCUCGAAAGCGAAGUCGUGGGCGAGAAGCAGGGCGGAGACGCCAAGUACCACCCCUACGCCCUCAUCAAGCUCGACGAGCCGACCUCAAACAGCACGGAGCCCACGUCGUCGUCGACGGCGAUCCUGCUGCUAUUAGCGACCACUCUGUCCUUGGUCACGGCGCCCCUCGUCGAGCCGCGGUACUUCAUCCUCCCCUGGGUCUUCUGGCGGCUCCUCACCCCGGCGUGGAAGGUCCACGAGCACGCGGUCACCCACCCUGUCCUCACAAAGCUCGAGGGUCUUCCGAUCGUCGGUGCGCCAGUUCGGUUCAGCAAGAAAUUCGAUGUCAGGCUGGUAUUGGAGACGUCGUGGUUCAUCUUGGUCAACUUGGUGACCAUGUACAUCUUCAUCGCCAAGCCAUACAAGUGGAGAGACGAGAAUGGGCGGGUUCUCGAUGGCGGCCGGAUGCAGCGUUUCAUGUGGUAG